AUGUUAUAUAAACAACGAUUUGAGGACUAUCGCCUUGUUCUCUUCAUUGUUGCAAACAUUGCAACUAGCUUUCUUGGCAUAAGAGUUACAAAUGCACAAAAAAGUCCGUCUACCUUCAAUGUGUUGGAUUAUGGGGCAAAAGGAGAUGGACAACAAGAUGACACUCAAGCAUUUGCAAAAGCAUGGAUAGAUGCAUGCGAUGCUGGCGGUGAUAGUACAACCCUAGUCGUACCACAAGGAAAGACAUUCUUAAUCAAAUCCAUUGCAUUUAAGGGUCCUUGCCAAUCUACCAGCAUUCACAUCCAGAUACAGGGUAAUAUUGAAGCACCCAGUAGCAUUGAUCAGUGGAACAAAUGUGAAGACAAUAAUUGGCUACAUUUUGAAUCUAUUGAUAAUCUCUUUGUAGAAGGACAAGGAGUUAUUGAUAGUAGAGGCUCAAUUUGGUGGACAAAAGCUCCCAUAAUUAACGAAUUGGGCUCAUGCAACCGUCCAACGACCAUGACGUUUUUUAACUGCAAUGGUCUUCAAUUAAGUGGCGUUACAAGCAAAGAUUGUCCAGGAAAUCACAUAACUAUGUUAGGCAGCAACAAUUCGACCAUAAACAAUAUUAACCUAAUUGCGCCACAAGAUAGCCACAACACCGAUGGAAUUGAUAUUUCUUCUACAAGCAACCUACAAAACUUAAACUCCUUCAUUGGAACUGGUGAUGAUUGUGUUGCAAUUGGUUCGGAUACAUUAUGGAUUAACAUAACAAACAUCACCUGCGGACCAGGCCAUGGCAUUAGUGUGGGAAGCUUGGGGAGAGAUGGAGCAGAAGCAAAAGUGGAACAAAUACAUGUGAAAAAUUGCACUUUCAGGAAUACUUCAAAUGGGGCCAGAAUAAAAACAUGGCAGGGUGGAAAUGGGUAUGCAAGGCAGAUCACCUAUGAGGAUAUCAUUCUCGAGAAUGUCCAAAACCCGAUUAUUAUAGACCAAUAUUAUUGCAUUAGCUAUAGUAAUUGUGCGAAUCAGUCAUCGGCGGUAGCAGUGUCCGACAUUACAUUUAAUGGCUUCCAAGGAACCUCGGCAACUGACGAAGCAAUUACGGUGAAAUGUAGUGAAGCUAUCCCAUGCAACAACAUUGUAAUGGAAACAGUCAAUAUUGCUGCUUCGGAUCCUAGCAAAAAAAUAACCUCCGACUAUCGCCAUAUUCUCUUCAUUGUUGCAUACAUUGCAACUAGCUUGCUUGGCAUAAGUGUUACGAAUGCACAAAACAGUUCACCUACCUUCAAUGUGUUGGAUUAUGGAGCAAAAGGAGAUGGACAACAAGAUGACACUCAAACAUUUGCAAAAGCAUGGAUAGAUGUAUGCAAUGCUGGCGGUGAUAGUACAACCCUAGUUGUACCACAAGGAUAUACAUUCUUAAUCAAAUACAUUGCUUUUGAUGGUCCUUGCAAAUCUACUACUACCAUUCACAUCGAGGGUAAUAUUGUAGCACCGAGUAGCAUUGGUGAGUGGGACAAAUGUGAAAACAAUGCUUGGCUACAUUUUGGAUCUAUUGAUAAUCUCGUUGUAGAAGGACAAGGAGUUAUUGAUGGUAGAGGCUCAAUUUGGUGGACAAAUGCUCCCAUAAUCAACGAAUUGGGCUCAUGCAAACGUCCAAUGAACAUGAUGUUUUUUAACUGCAAAGGUCUUCAAUUAAGUGGCGUUACGAGCAAAGAUUGUCCUGGAAGUCACAUAGCUAUGUUACACAGCAAUAAUUCGAUUAUAAACAAUAUUAACCUAAUUGCGCCACAAGAUAGCCACAACACCGAUGGAAUUGAUAUUGCUUCUACUAACAACCUUCAAAUCUUGAACUCCUUCAUUGGAACUGGUGAUGAUUGUGUUGCAAUUGGUUCAGAUUCAAUAGGGAUUAACAUAACAAACGUCAUCUGCGGACCAGGCCAUGGCAUUAGUGUGGGAAGCUUGGGAAAAGAUGGAACUGAAGCAAGAGUAGAACAAGUACAUGUGAAAAAUUGCACUUUCAAAAAUACUUCAAAUGGAGCUAGAAUUAAAACAUGGCAGGGUGGAUCUGGUUAUGCAAGGCAGAUCACCUAUGAGAAUAUCAUUCUUGAGGAUGUCCAAAACCCGAUUAUCAUAGACCAAUAUUACUGCAAUAGCAAUAGUGAUUGUGCAAAUUCGUCAUCAGCGGUAGCAGUGUCCGACGUGACAUUUAAUGGCUUCCAAGGAACCUCAGCAACUGACGAAGCAAUUACAGUGCAAUGUAGUCAAGCUAUCCCAUGCAACAACAUUUUAAUGGAAACAAUUUACAUUACUGCUUCGGAUCCUAGCAAAAAAAGUACCUCCAUUUGUGAGAAUGCUAAUGUACAACAAAAUUCAGUUGAACCUCCUCUCAAUUGCAAUUAA